AUGCUCCAGACCAGACCGUCUUCAUCGGCAGGCAUGAUACCCAACAACCAAGGCCAGAAUGGCCACCAGUAUGCAGGAGCAUCUCAGACCCCACGAUAUGCUGCGCCAUCUUCUACCGGAUAUCGUGGUAGUUCGGCUCCCGUUCAGCAGUACGCUUUUACGAGUACGCCUACUCUGAACCAUACACAGUCUUGGCAAGCUCAACAAACUCAGCCUUCACGAACUUACAAUCACAAUGUCAACUACAGUGGACGUCAAUUCAGCUCUUCUGGAAACAACAUGCAAUAUAACUCCAUGGGUGUCGGUCAAACUGGUGCUCGUGAUGAUUCGGCCAUUCCUCAACGACGAAACAUUGUACCCGCUCCUCGACCUCACUCUGCCUUUCUUGCUGGUCCCACACAGCCAGUCUCCCCAACUUCACAAAGCAAAGCAGCACCGGACCGAUAUAGACGCUCGCUCACUCCUCAGCAAAAUCAACAUGGACGCUCUCAGAGCACAGCUGUACCUGUGAACACUGGAAUGCCCACAGCAAACCAGCUUUACAAUGGGCCUAAUCCUUCUCGUUCAGCAAUCCCAAACCGCCCGAACAGUUUCUACAAUGCUAUGCCCGGCGCAACCGCGGAUGAGAUGCAAUUCGCCUACUCAUCCAUGGAAGACCCCAGUCGUUCACGCCGGCGGACCGUCCGUGCCAACUCCGACGUUUCAAGGCCAACCGCACAAGACAAGGCAAAGGCUGAUGGGAAUUCUCAAAGUCUUCGUGUUGUCGCCAAUGCCGCUGCGCACUCCCGCAAUGAGAGCUCUGAGAGUGUAAACUCCAGCCGUAGCAGCCAUUCUCGUCCGUCCUCGUCUGCCAACCGCAAUGUGUCUGCCCCCACUGGAAACCCCUCUUCCCAGACAAGCAACGAAACAACUUCUAAGCAGGAUCACGCCAAGGUCAACGUCCCACCUCGAGGUUCAUCUUCUGAUGCCAUCAAGCGCACAACGAACCCCUCACCUCUCUCUAGGCCAGCCACCAUGGCCAGCGAGGUCGCCGAAGACAAAUCCUCUGGUGCGGGUAAUAUGGAAUCGCCCGCGGCUAAACAACUCGCUGCUAUCAACAAAGGGCGCAAGUCCAAGAGCAAGACCUCUCGACUGCGUCGAGCUUUCUCGUUCGGCAGCGCUGCAGACUUCCGCAAGGCUGAUGAGGAGGCUGAGGCAUCAGAUAAAACAGAACCAUCCAAGCUCCACAAGGACCCCACGGUCGACGAAGCCUACGAUGCUGAACAAGCACGUAUCGCAGAGGCACAGGAGGCUGCAGGCCUAGGACACAGUAUCUAUGGUGGUAGAUUCUUCGGCGGUUCAACCGACAAUCUUUCAAUCUCAUCGACAGCGUCUUCAGCCUCUAUCAUGAUUCGAAAGAUGGGUCGGGGCAUGAAGAAGGGUGGUCGAUCGUUUGUUGGAAUCUUCCGACCAAAGUCAGUGGUUGGAGUUCCCCCGGCUGACGGUCCCGUGAAACCCGAGGCUAGUCAAGCUGCCGUGUCAAUGGUCACUGUCGAAGCUGAGACACAACGAGUCAACGUAUCGGCUGAUCCCAGACAAACGGACACCUUCCCCCAUUUGGAGCGUAACUCUAUUGACACGAGCUUGGGUAUCGACAUCGCCGAGCGCCUGGGAAGCUCUGGAACCGAUAACUCGAACUCCCGCAAGAGUAUUGUCGGUGGCGACAGAGAGCGCGCGGAGGUCCUUGCCGCCGUUCGCAAGGGUAUUCUCAAGCGUCCCGGUUCAGCCAGCCCUUCCAUCCGACCCGCUGACGCUUCCCCCGGACUGGACCUUCCUAGCCUACCUGCUGUCAAUGAUUCGCCCAAUUCUAGCGCCCCCAGCACUCCCAACGAUGAUUCUCAUCGACGCACUGGAUCGAUUGCUAUCGGUACCGAAGACUAUUUCAUGUCUGCUUUGAGACUCCGACAGGACAGCAAGAGCGCCCCUAACACUCCAUCUGCCAAGCGCAAUGCGACAUUCUCUCCUCGCAUCGUUUUCCAUGAUACUUGGCCCAGCCAGGAGUAUGAUCGUCGUGGUGAAAUCGCCACCUGUAACCGAUUGACUCCUAUGCUGGCACAGCAGAUCAAGGAGGAGCUCAACACCUUCAAGAUGGAGAUGGAGGUUCACGAAAACUCUAAGAUUUACACGCACUUUUUCUGA